UUUUUAAUUAUUUUAAAUUAAUAAUAAAAAUAAUAAUUAUCAGUGAUGAUAUAAUUAAUAAUAACAAUAAUAACAGCCACAAUUAAUUAUAAUAGUAAUGAUAAUUAUUAUUAAUUGAUUAAUUUUGGAUUUAUUAACAUUUAAUAAUGUUUUCAAAAUAAUAUUCUGGAAAAAAAACACAUACACUGUAUUUGAAGACAGUUAAAGAAAUUGAUUAGGCAGCCAGAUCGUCAUCAUCGUCGUCAGCCUCCUACCGACCGACAACAGAACAGCGCGUCAUCACUUAUUUACAAUGACGUCAUCGUCGUCGUCAUCAUCUCCACUCCCACCAUCGUCGUCACUAACGACAGCAUCGCUAGUAAAGUUACGUGACAGCCACCGUGACAACUUCCGCUUCCGUUUCCGGCUGCUAUUUCUUAUUUAUUUACUUCCGGUUUAUUUUUGUGGUGACCUAGUUUUGGCGACGAGGAGUGGUGACCCAGUUUCGGUGGAGACUAAAUACGGGACCAUCCAGGGACUGAGGUUUCGCAACGGAAUUGAAAACUUAACGACCUUGACGACAUUUUACGAUCGAUUCUACGGAAUACCUUACGCUGAGCCGCCAGUCGGAGAUCUAAGAUUUGAAGCUCCUAGACCAGCUAAAAAAUGGCCAGGCAUUUUAGAAGCUAUAGUUAAAAAGCCUAGCUGUCCACAAAUAAAAUAUCCGGAAGAGUUUUUUUACGUGGACCAGAGCGAGGAUUGCCUCUACCUCAAUAUUUUCACGCCACACGAGGAGUCGAAUCCGGGCAAGACGUAUCCGGUCAUAUUUUACAUCCACGGUGGCAGUUACGAGUCCGGCUCGGGCCACAUCUAUGAGGGCAGGCUGCUGUCGCUGAUGGGCGUCGUUGUGGUCACUAUCAAUUAUCGACUGGGCGUUCUAGGCUUCCUAACCACGGGCGACAGCCUACUUCCGGGUAAUUACGGACUACGUGACGUCAUGCUGGCCCUCAGGUGGGUCCACGAGAACAUCGGGUCAUUCCGUGGUGACGUCACAAGAGUGACCCUGGUGGGACAAAGUGUAGGG